CUCAUCAUAAAGAAGAAAUACAGGUUCCCACUCCAAUCUUACCUAGAAUAGGAAUUUCCAUCUUGUACAAAUCUGCUGCAAGACUGACAGUGAGAAGUGAGGUAUAUAAAGCUGGUAGUGUGCAUUUAUAUCAGAUGAUACCUUUCAAGAGUUUAAAAGGAUUGCCUACCUGUUUGUAGGACUCUCUAAAUAUCCUGGAAUAUGGUGGAAGCAGUACUGAUAGAUCUGUUCAGCCUACCACCCUACUUGCAGAACAACAUCCAAGGAUUGCUACGUAACACGCUGGAAACUAUUGAGAAAUGCUUUUCCAUCCCUGCUCCAUUUGUUUAUGUCAUGUGUCGCCAGAGGCAGGGGAGUGAGAGGAAUGGUGAAGAAGAGUCCUUCCUUCCAGCUCUCAGUGAUUUUCAGAGUCUGAAGAAAAGACUGGAGGUGGUACGUUCUCUGACUACAGCUGCUGCUUUGUACACCAUCAAACAAAGACUGGAUGAAAAAGACCUAAGCAUCAUUAAAGUAAUUCUCCCUACCUUAAGAAAAGACUUAAUGAAAGUAUAUGUAGACCACCUCUUUACAGCAGUCUACCAGUUUGAAUUUGAGGAUUUACAGGUGGCAUCUGAUGGUGAAAACCUGCAGAUAGCUGAACCUUGGAGUGAAGGGCAAGCGCUUCCUACGCAGGAUGUGGCGCUCAUCCGAAGUGAGAUUCAGAUGUACUUGGAAAGCCUGCCGAGCCUGAAAGGGGAGCUCACCAUCCUCAGAUCAUCCCUGAUCCCAGAUGAUAUCUUCCUACAUGGGUUCACCACAAGGAUGGGUGGGAUCUCCUACAUACCAACUCUAAGCUCCUGCAAUCUCUUCAGCAGUUCCAAGCGGAGGGACCCACAAGUUGUCGUUAAGGAAAAUCUCCGCCGGCUAGCUAAUGCUGCAGGAUUUAACCUAGAGGCUUUUCACAGAGUCAAGAUUGAUCACGCUAAUGCUGUGUGUGUUAUGGGAAAGACGGAGCCUGACAGCUAUGAUGGAAUAGUUACAAACCAGAAAGGUGUUACGAUAGCGGCUCCAGGUGCUGAUUGCAUACCCGUGCUGUUUGCUGAUCCUGUCAGAAAAGCCUGCGGUGCUGCUCAUUCUGGGUGGAAAGGCACAUUGUUAGGAGUUUCUAUGGCCACAGUAAAUGCUAUGGUAUCUGCAUAUGGCUGUAAUGUGAAAGAUAUCCUUGUGGUGCUGGGCCCAUCUGUAGGACCUUGCUGCUACAAACUUCCUCACGAAUCAGCGAAAGAAUUUCACAGAAUUGAUCCGACGUGUGUGAGACAAUUUGACUCUGCAAGUCCGUAUAUUGAUAUUAGAAGAGCAACACGGAUUCUUCUUGAGAGUGGUGGGAUUCUUCCUGAGAACAUCCAAGAUGAUUCUGUCAUGGACCAGAACCAAAAUAUCACUUUCUGUACUGCAUGCCACCCUGAUAGAUUUUUCUCUCACUUUCGUGAUGGCAGUAACUUUGGGACACAGAUUGGCUUUAUAUCAAUCAAAGACUGAGAUAGUAUGUCUCUUAGAGUCGCAUAGUAUUUAGACAACAAGUCUGGUGCACUGACUGGCAUCCUGCUCUCCUUGUAGAAAUUCUCCCUCCUUCCUUUCACAGACUUGCAAUAGGGAAUUCACGGGUCUCGCGGUUCUCCUGCUUCCUCCUUUCCCUGCCAUUCUGAGGCAAGAAGAAACGUCUAGAGUGUGGUGCCAAUAAUUCUUGUAUGAGACAGGGUACAAAGGAAACAAGGGCAACCCGCACCAGUGACAAAGCCCUUCUGCAAGUCCAGGUGCAAGCUCCAAUUUUUUUGGAGCCUUCUUGACCAAAUAUUUCCCAGAAACCUCAUUGUCUUAAGGUGGUGAAAGCACAAAAAAACAGUCUUCAUUAGCUUCUGGGUGAGACUUCUGAAUGAAGUUAAGUAUGGCAUUACUGGUAUAAGGAAGGGAAGCCUGUAUCGCACAUUAACUGUUUGAGAGCACACAACUUUGUGAGUUUCAGCUGAAGGUACGCCUUAUGGAAUUAUGUGCGUGGGAUUGUUUUUCUUAUUUGGGUUUGUUUAAAGAAGAGCUCCAAAACACUUACAUGACUUUUCCUGUGGAAAAUAACUUGAAAUUGAGAAGCAAGCAAGCUCCUUUGGGGCAGACAUUGAAAAUGUAUGAACUCUCACCAUUCUGUAUUUUUUGACUGUAGAAAAAGUAGGACUAAAACUGUUAAUAUGAUAUGACAUGUAUGUUCAUGUUGCCUUAGGAUUUUUUUCUUUAAACUAUUGGUGCUCUGCUAAUGUCCAUUGAGAUGGUCUCAACAGUGCCCAGUUAUUAAAUAAAUAUCUAAGAAGAGUGAAUUUAGCCUCAGCUAAUUUUACUGACCAAUAGUUGCCUUAUCUAUCUGUCUUACUAAGCAAAUUCUAAGUGAGCACUGUUUUCUUUUGACGUAAAAAAUUUGCCUGAAGACAUUACCAUAGACGUGAUAGUUCCUGACACGUAGACAGCGAGAGCUUCCUAAUGGUAAAACUAUGCUGAGUAGCUUUCAGAGUUGCCAAGCACAAGCCUUGGGACAACUGUCCGCAUGACGUAGUUUGGAUUUUGAAUUCAACGAUCUUUUCCAAUUCUAGGCCUUUAUGUCCACUAGAGGUCAGUGCUCGCUCACGCUCCACUUCCAUCCCUGGCUGCACUGUAUAGAUGGAUUUUCAAACCACGCAUUUUGCAAAGCACCGCGUGGCAUAUGCUGCCACUUUUGCCUCUACAGUCAUCUGCCAAGUUAUUCUAGUAUCUGUGCUUGAAGAGUAAUCUAUUUUUCAUUUUCUGGGGCUGUGAUUCAGAGCUGACCAAAUGAGAAGUUUCCUUGUCCUCUGGGAGAACAGACUUUUUAAAAAAGCUUUCUUUAACCUGUGAAUGGUAUUUCUCAGAGAAGAGCCUGGUUCUGUUACCCUCUUAUUGUGACCAUCUACCAAAAAAAUGCUUCUUCCAACUCUCACUUCUUCUUUAGAAAUAUUAUUCCUCUUUG